CUCGGGGCGUGUUUUUUCUGCUGUGGGUGUUGCCAAGCAGGACGUUGGCGGCUACGCUCCCCUGCAUCUGUGAUUGAGGCUCCAACGGUUCGUGGGAAAGCUGUACAGAGGGAAUUGUACACGCACCAGUCAAGUCUACCUGGACGCGCACCCAUCCACGGAUACGUUCAUAUAGACAUAGCGUGUGUAUGACCAUGAAGAGGCCUUGUGAGGAUAGUACUUCUGACAGCGACAUGGAUGAAACUAUUGAUGUCGGCAGUGAGAAUAAUUAUUCUGGGCACAGCAAUGGAUCAUUUAUUAGAUGUGGCUCCCCAACAACAACAACCCAAGUUAUGGCAAGAAAAAAACGAAGAGGGAUCAUCGAGAAAAGAAGGAGGGAUCGAAUCAAUAAUAGUUUAUCAGAGUUACGUCGACUUGUCCCAACUGCAUUUGAAAAACAAGGUUCAGCCAAAUUAGAGAAGGCAGAAAUAUUGCAGAUGACAGUGGAUCACCUAAAGAUGCUGCAGGCCACUGGCGGUAAAGGGUACUUUGAUGCCCACUCCCUGGCCAUGGACUUCAUGAGUGUGGGGUUCAGGGAGUGUCUGACGGAGGUGGCCAGAUACCUGAGCUCUGUGGAGGGAUUAGACAGCAGCGACCCCCUGCGUGUACGCCUGGUCUCCCACCUCAGCACCUGCGCAUCCCAGAGGGAGGCGGCUGCCAUGACCUCAUCUAUGACACACCACCAGCAGGCUCUCCACCCUCACCACUGGGCCGCCGCCUUCCACCCCUUCCCCACCGCCUUCCUCCAGCAGAAUGGACUGCCCUCCUCAGACAACGCCGCCAGCAGACUGUCUGUGGAGGUGCCCCAGCGCGGCUCAGCCCUCCUAACGGCCACCUUCUCCCAUACCGACUCCUCUCACAGGGCGCCCUCUAAUGGCAGCGUGGCUCCCUGCGUCCCCCCGCUCUCCACCUCCCUCCUGUCGCUAUCGGCUACUGUUCACGCCGCGGCAGCUGCUGCUGCGGCCCAGACUUUUCCCCUGUCAUUCCCUGGAGGAUUCCCCAUCUUCACACCUCACAGUGUGAGCAGCACAGCGUCUAUGGUAGCUUCAGCUGUGAGCCCCUCCAUAUCCACCUCAUCCACCUCACAGCAGAGCAGAGACCGAGAGAGCAGCAGCAGCAAACCGUACAGACCUUGGGGAACAGAAGUAGGAGCCUUUUAAGUGUUUGACUUUUCGAAGGUCUCAGGGUGGCUAGAGGACUUCCACACUUUGAAGAUAAAGGAACAAUACUGUUUUAUUAACUAUGGCUUGUUUUUUUUUGGUGUCCAUGGACUUUUAUUCCACCAGCUUAUUUCAUGUCUGACUGUGUGCAGAUUCAGAGCAAAUCCAAGUUCUCUUAUGGGAGAGCGACAGAGGAUAAUUAAAUCCACUUAAAAUGUAUUAAUGAUUUAUUUUGAUUGAAUAACAACACUGAAAUUGGACCUCUCUAGCUCCGGUCUUUUUCUCUGUCUUCAGUGUCAGUUUGUUUUCAUAAUUUUCUUAACACUGUCACUAGACCAUUUGCUUCCCCAAAAUUGGCUAUUUAAUUCAUAUUAUUAUGAGUACUAUUUUCUGAAUAUGUGAAAUGGAAACAAAAUUCCUUAAAAUAUCCAGCAGAAGUUUUGUUUUGCUCUGACCUCAACUCAGUUGAGAUUCUCUAGGUGGGGAAAUAGUGUGAUAAACACUCACAAAGCACCUACUGGGCUCAGACGUCAGUUCAACGUCUACUUUUGAUUUACAUUUGGUUGAGUUGUCAGCUAACGUGAAUUCAACGUGAAAU